CCUGCACACAGGACAUGUAAGUUAUGUAGCCAGUUGCCUUGUCAAAUUGACUAUCUCGGUGUGUUUUCCAUAUUUUCAGUAACUAUGGGCAGUUUAACAUUUAUGUUCGCUUGCUCUGCUAAGACCUUGAAGAUAAUCAAAAACCACGUAAGUUGAUAUAGCUACUGUCUUACAAGUAUUAAUAUAUUAGGAACUAACGUUAACUAGCUAGCUUGUUGUUGCAUAAAUUCCAGUGACCUACAGUUAGACUGCUGAUGUAAUGAUGUAGUUAAAUGUAUUUUUGCAUUUCUUUUUUUUCAGUCACAUGCAAUUUAUUUCAAAAGGACUCUCUUAUUGCCACGACUGCCUCUCUUCAAACAAUCAGAAGGUAAUGUUUAGGACACAUUCCUAGCUAGCAAACUAGCCAUCUGAUUCAAUGACAUAAGCUUACCAUUUCAUAACGUUAAUUCGUAACGGUUAUGGCUCUGACACCUUUCCAAACUUCAGGCAAGUGUAUCAACUUUGGUCGACUGUCAAGCUCAACAGCUGCCAGAGCAGCGAAGGGAGAGGACUCCUUCCUCAAAUGGCUCCUGCUUCUGAUUCCUGUCACUACAUUUGGUCUUGGGACAUGGCAGGUAUGGCUCCAUUAAACAGUAGUUCUAAUGGAAGUACCUCUAUUAGAAUGGAUAUUCAAAAUUAUACUGACCUAAGCCACUUCUACUCAGGUGAAACGUCGGGAAUGGAAAAUGCAGUUGAUUGCAGAACUGAGAAGUCUUACCUCUGUGGAACCCAUCCCUCUUCCUAUUGAGUAAGACAUGCACACACAAGUUAUCAGACAGAUAGUUACACAUAAUUACGUUGUCUUGACUUUUUAGUUAAGACUGGAAGUGUUUGUAAUUUUCUUGUUAUAUACAGUGGGGAGAACAAGUAUUUGAUACACUGCCGAUUUUGCAGGUUUUCCUACUUAGAAAGCAUGUAGAGGUCUGUAAUUUUUAUCAUAGGUGCACUUCAACUGUGAGAGACAGAAUCACAUUGUAUGAUUUUUAAAUAAUUAAUUAGCAUUUAAUUGCAUGACAUAAGUAUUUGAACACCUACCAACCAGUAAGAAUUCCGGCUCUCACAGACCUGUUCGUUUUUCUUUAAGAAGCCCUCCUGUUCUCCACUCAUUACCUGUAUUAACUGCACCUGUUUGAACUCGUUACCUGUAUAAAAGACACCUGUCCACACACUCAAUCAAACAGACUCCAACCUCUCCACAAUGGCCUAGACCAGAGAGCUGUGUAAGGACAUCAGGGAUAAAAUUGUAGACCUGCACAAAGCUGGGAUGGGCUACAGGACAAUAGGCAAGCAGCUUGGUGAGAAGGCAACAACUGUUGGCACAAUUAUUAGAAAAUGGAAGAAGUUCAAGAUGACGGUCAAUCACCCUCGGUCUGGGGCUCCAUGCAAGAUCUCACCUCGUGGGGCAUCAAUGAGAAGGUGAGGGAUCAGCCCAGAACUACACGGCAGGACCUGGUCAAUGACCUGAAGAGAGCUGGGACCACAGUCUCAAAGAAAACCAUUAGUAACACACUACGCCGUCAUGGAUUAAAAUCCUGCAGCGCACGCAAGGUCCCCCUGCUCAAGCCGGCGCAUGUCCAGGCCCGUCUGAAGUUUGCCAAUGACCAUCUGGAUGAUCCAGAGGAGGAAUGGGAGAAGGUCAUGUGGUCUGAUGAGACAAAAAUAUAGCUUUUUGGUCUAAACUCCACUCGCCGUGUUUGGAGGAAGAAGAAGGAUGAGUACAACCCCAAGAACACCAUCCCAACCGUGAAGCAUGGAGGUGGAAACAUCAUUCUUUGGGGAUGCUUUUCUGCAAAGGGGACAGGACGACUGCACCGUAUUGAGGGGUGGAUGGAUGGGGCCAUGUAUCGCGAGAUCUUGGCCAACAACCUCCUUCCCUCAGUAAGAGCAUUGAAGAUGGGUCGUGGCUGGGUCAUCCAGCAUGACAAUGACCUGAAACACACAGCCAGGGCAACUAAGGAGUGGCUCCGUAAGAAGCAUUUCAAGGUCCUGGAGUGGCCUAGAAAAAUCUUUGGAGGGAGCUGAAAGUCCAUAUUGCCCAGCGACAGCCCCAAAACCUGAAGGAUCUGGAGAAGGUAUGGAGUAGUGGGCCAAAAUCCCUGCUGCAGUGUGUGCAAACCUGGUCAAGACCUACAGGAAACGUAUGAUCUCUGUAAUUGCAAACAAAGGUUUCUGUACCAAAUAUUAAGUUCUGCUUUUCUGAUGUAUCAAAUACUUAUGUCAUGCAAUAAAAUGCAAAUGAAUUACUUAAAAAUCAUACAAUGUGAUUUUCUGGAUUUUUGUUUUAGAUUACAGACCUCUACAUGCUUUGUAAGUAGGAAAACCUGCAAAAUCGGCAGUGUAUCAAAUACUUGUUCUCCCCACUGUAUGUCUUUGCUUCCUAGUCCUCUGGAGUUGAAUGAUCUGGAGUACAGGAGAGUAAAGGUGCAUGGGCACUAUGACCACUCCCAGGAGAUGUACAUCUUACCCCGCUCACCUGUCGACCCAGAGAAAGAGGCAAGGGAAGCAGGCCAGCUGUCAUCCAGUGGAGAAACUGGAGCCAAUGUCGUUACCCCGUUCUACUGCAGUGACCUAGGGUAAGAUAACACUACUCAUUACUGUUGCUCUACUGAUUCAUUCAGUUUAAAUAUGACAAACUCACCCCAUUCAACUGCACCAGGCUGUAAGUGUCCUAACUCGCCCAGUUCCAUUUCUACAGUAACUUUUUGUGUUUGUAACUUUUUGUUUCUAUCUACAAGCAAUCAGAGUGCUGAACAUUUGAACUGGACUGACCACCUGCACUGAUUCUCCACACUUUAGCACACACACACUCAUGCUACACACACAUCACAAUUGCUGCUACCAGAAUGUGUGUACAGUGCAUUCGGAAAGUAUUCAGACCCCUUGACCUUUUCCACAUUUUGUUACGUUACAGGCUUAUUCUAAAAUUGAUUAAAUGAAUACAAAUCCUCAUCAAUCUACACACAUUGCCCCAUAAUGACAAAGCGAAAACAGGUUUUUAGAAAUGUUUGCAAAAAAAAUAAAAAUAAAUUUACGUAAGUAUUCAGACCCUUUGCUACAGUGAGGGAAAAAAGUAUUUGAUCCCCUGCUGAUUUUCUACGUUUGCCCACUGACAAAGAAAUUAUCAGUCUAUAAUUUUAAUUGUAGAUUUAUUUGAACAGUGAGAGACAGAAUAACAUCAAAAAAAUCCAGAAAAACGCAUGUCAAAAAUGUUAUAAAUUGAUUUGCAAAUAAGUAUUUGACCCCCUUUCAAUCAGAAAGAUUUCUGGCUCCCAGGUGUCUUUUAUACAGGUAACGAGCUGAGAUUAGGAGCACACUCUUAAAGGGAGUGCUCCUAAUCUCAGCUUGUUACCUGUAUAAAAGACACCUGUCCACAGAAGCAAUCAAUCAAUCAGAUUCCAAACUCUCCACCAUGGCCAAGACCAAAGAGCUCUCCAAGGAUGUCAGGGACAAGAUUGUAGACCUAAACAAGGCUGGAAUGGGCUACAAGACCAUCGCCAAGCAGCUUGGUGAGAAGGUGACAACAGUUGGUGUGAUUAUUCGCAAAUGGAAGAAACACAAAAGAACUGUCAAUCUCCCUUGGCCUGCGGCUCCAUGCAAGAUCUCACCUCGUGGAGUUGCAAUGAUCAUGAGAACGGUAAGGAAUCAGCCCAGAACUACACGGGAGGAUCUUGUCAAUGAUCUCAAGGCAGCUGGGACCAUAGUCACCAAGAAAACAAUUGGUAACACACUACGGCGUGAAGUACUGAAAUCCUGCAGCGCCCGCAAGGUCCCCCUGCUCAAGAAAGCACAUAUACAGGGCCGUCUGAAGUUUGCCAAUGAACAUCUGAAUGAUUCAGAGGAGAACUGGGUGAAAGUGUUGUGGUCAGAUGAGAUCAAAAUGGAGCUCUUUGGCAUCAACUCAACUCGCCGUGUUUGGAGGAGGAGGAAUGCUGCCUAAGAACACCAUCCCCACCGUCAAACAUGGAGGUGGAAACAUUAUGUUUGGGGGUGUUUUUCUGCUAAGGGGACAGGACAACUUCACCGCAUCAAAGGGACGAUGGACGAGGCCAUGUACCGUCAAAUCUUGGGUGAGAACCUCCUUCCCUCAGCCAGAGCAUUGAAAAUGUGUCGUGGAUGGGUAUUCCAGCAUGACGAUGACCCAAAAUACACGGACAAGGCAACAAAGGAGUGGCUCAAGAAGAAGCACAUUAAGGUGCUGGAGUGGCCUAGCCAGUCUCCAGACAUUAAUCCCAUAGAAAAUCUGUGGAGGGAGCUGAAGGUUCGAGUUGCCAAACGUCAGCCUCGAAACCUUAAUGACUUGGAGAAGAUCUGCAAAGAGGAGUGAGACAAAAUCCCCCCUGAGAUGUGUGCAAACCUACAAGAAACGUCUGACCUCUGUGAUUGCCAACAAGGGUUUUGCCACCAAGUACUAAGUCAUGUUUUGCAGAGGGGUCAAAUACUUAUUUUCCUCAUUAAAAUGCAAAUCAAUUUAUAACAUUUUUGACAUUUACAUCAUUUAGCAGACGCUCUUAUCCAGACAUGCGUUUUUCUGGAUUUUUUUGUUGUUAUUCUGUCUCUCACUGUUCAAAUAAACCUACCAUUAAAAUCAUAGACUGAUAAUUUCUUUGUCAGUGGGCAAACGUACAAAAUCAGCAGGGGAUCAAAUACUUUUUUCCCUCACUGUAUGAGACUCGAAAUUGAGCUCAGGUGCAUCCUGUUUCCAUUGAUCGUCCUUGAGAUGUUUCUACAACUUGAUUGGAGUCCACCUGUGGUACAUUUAAUUGAUUGGACGUGAUUUGGAAAGGCACACACCUGUCUAUAUAAGGUCCCACAGUUGACAGUGCAUGUCAGAGCAAAAACCAAGCCAUGAGGUCGAAUUUAUUGUCCGCAGAGCUCCGAGACAGGAUCGUGUCGAGGCACAGAUCUGGGGAAGGGUACCAAACCAUUUCUGCAGCAUUGAAGGUCCCCAAGAACACAGUGGCCUCCUCCAUUCUUAAAUGGAAGAAGUUUGGAACCACCAAGACUCUUCGUUUAGCUGGCCGCCCGGCCAAACUGAGCAAUUGGGGGAGAAGGGCCUUGGUAAGGGAGGUGACCAAGAACCCGAUGGUCACUCUGACAGAACUCCAGAGUUCCUCUGUGGAGAUGGGAGAAGCUUCCAAAAGGACAACUAUCUCUGCAGCACUACACCAAUCGGGCCUUUAUGGUAGAGUGGCCAGACUGAAGCCACUCCUCAGUAAAAGGUACAUGACAGCCCGCUUGGAGUUUUCCAAAAGGCACCUACAAGACUCUCAGACCAUGAGAAACAAGAUUAUCUGGUCUGAUGAAACCAAGACUGAACUAUUUGGCCUAAAUGCCAAGCGUCACAUCUGGAAGAAAUCUGGCACCAUCCCUACGGUGAAGCAUGGUGGUGGCAGCAUCAUGCUGUAGGGAUGUUUUUCAGCGGCAGGGACUGGGAGACUAGUCAGGAUCAAGGGAAAGAUGAAUGGAGCAAAGUACAGAGAGAUCCUUGAUGAAAACCUGCUCCAGAGCACUCAGGACCUCAGACUGGGGUGAAGGUUCACCUCCCAACAGGACAACGACCCUAAGCACACAGCCAAGACAACACAGGAGUGGCUUUGAGACAAGUCUCUGAAUGUCCUUGAGUGGCCCAGCCAGAGCCCGGACUUGAACUCGAUCUAACAUCUCUGGAUAGACCUGAAAAUAGCUGUGCAGCGACGCUCCCCAUCCAACCUGACAGCGCUUGAGAGGAUCUGCAGAGAAGAAUCUGAGAAACUCCCCAAAUACAGGUGCAAAGCUUGUAGCGUCAUACCCAAGAAGACUUGAGGCUGUAAUCGCUGCCAAAGGUGCUUCAACAAAGUACUGAGUAAAGGAUCUGAAUACUUAUGUAAAUGUGAUAUUUCCGUUUUUAUUUGUAAUAAAUUUAAAAACGUUUUUGCUUUGUCAUUAUGGAGUAUUGUGUGUAGAUUGAUGAGGGGGGGGAAAUAUUUGUAUCCAUUUUAGAAUAAGGCUGUAACGUAACAAUGUUAAGAAAUUAUUGGCUCCUUAUACUGACAUUCUUUUAUAUAUAUUUCACAGGAUCACGAUCCUUGUAAACAGAGGCUAUGUUCCUAGGAAGAAGAUCAAGCCAGAAACCAGGAUGAAGGGACAGGUAAAUAUCCUCCCCCCAUUCAUUGUCUAAUUCAAGACUCAAAGUUGUUAUUAAUGAUGAUUCUGUCAUGGUGCUGCUUUGUAGGUGGAUGACGAGGUUGACCUGGUGGGGGUGGUGAGGCUGACCGAGAUCCGUAAACCCUUUGUGCCACAAAACGAUGUGGAGCACAACCGCUGGCAUUACCGCGACCUGGAGGCAAUGGCCAGAGUCACAGGGGCCCAGCAGAUCUUCAUUGAUGCUGACCUGGGUAUAGCUCUCAGUAUUACCCUAUUUAGACAAUACACUUUGAUUUAAUUGCAUGGCUAUGAUGAUCAAGCAUGAUAUAUCAGAAAAUAAGGUAUAUGAAAGACUGAAUGGUGAUUAACAUUCCCUGUGGCUGAGGUUUGGAAUAACGGUAAUCUGUUUUUUAGCCUUAGUGCGUUGGUAGUGUGUGUCAUUGAGAAUGAAUGGAAAGCUAAGGUUUGUUAAUGUUCUCAGCCAGCACAAUUCCUGGUGGACCUAUAGGAGGACAGACCCGAGUCACCCUCAGGAAUGAACAUAUGCAGUACAUUAUGACGUGGUAAGUUUCAUUGUCAUUUUUCUGUUUUUUCUUCUUCACUGUGAGCCUCUUUGGUUUAGAUAGUAGAACUAGGAUCACUUGAGUUGUAUGCAUACAAUGAGUGCUUCUCUUCCUCUGUAGGUAUGGCCUCUGUGCAGCAACCUCUUACAUGUGGUAUGCCAAGUUCAUCAAAAGGAUUGUGUAAAACACCCCACAAUGGCUUGAGUAGUGUAAUUGGAUACAAUGUUGAAGAUGUCAUGAAUAUACCACAGACUGCUCAUGGAAGCUGCUGUAGGUACUUAAUGUCUUGGUUUUAUUUUGACAAAUGUACACUGAACAAAAAUAAACCCUACAUGAGCUGAAAUAAAAGAUCCC